ACGAAAUGUCUACUUCAGUUAAAAGGUGCGUUUGCAGUUCUUCUCGUGACUUUCAGCAUCAAGGACUAACAAGUUUAUUUUUUUUUCCAACUGAAGAAUCUCUUAAUUUUUCUCUUAACUUAGAAUAAUUUUUUGUAUUUAUUAUUUUUCAUGAAUUUAAUUUCAUUUUCAAUGAAAGUGUUAAUAAAAUAAAAAGGGAAAAAUUAAAUAAUUCAAAAAAUUUUUUAAAAAAAUUUUUUAAUUGACAAAUAAAUUUGUCAAUUUAUUUUCGUCACGAAUUUGUGUUGUACUUGAAAAUUUACAAGAAGAGGAUAAUUAUUUCUUCAAAUCUCCGGACAAAAGGAUAAUUUAUUUCUCACGUGCAAAGAUAAAAUGAAUGAUAAAUCAAUGAGUGGAAGAAGUAAAAUCAUCUUUAACUGUAACGAGGAUGAAUUAUGAAGUACAUGAAAUUUUUAAUGUUCACUGCUAAAUUUAUUGAAUGAUGAGACGAAUUUCGCAAGUUGAGAAUUGAAUGGAUGUUGAGGAAGAAAAAAGUGAAUUUUUGUUUAAUAAUCAGGAAUUUAUGUUUAUAAACGUUUGACUUUGUUUAGUCAAGCAGUUGACAUUCGAAUAAUCAACAUUAUUGCAAUAAUACAUAAUUUUAAACACAGAAGUGACGGACAGGAGGGGAGAAUUAAAAGGGUUGAUUGAAAAAUUAAAAGGUGAAAUGAGGGAAGAGAAUUUGAAUAAAUGAGGAUGUGAGAACAUAAAAUAAAAGGAAAUUCGAGAGAAUGAUAAACUAAGUUCUUCUGAUUGAAUAAUUUUCAUAAAAAAAUCAAUCUUCAGAUUUUUCGUUUUUUUUUCUAGUUAAAAUUAAAAAAAAAAGAAAAUGAAAAACCUAAAUUUACUGAACAUUGUCAAAAAAAGAGUUCCGAUUGUAAAUUGGUUACCAAAAUAUUCAACUGACGAUGCCCUUGGAGAUCUUGUGGCUGGUUUAACAAUUGGAUUAACAUUAAUUCCACAGGCAAUAGCUUAUGCUGGUUUAGCCGGUUUGGGACCACAAUUCGGCUUGUACAGUGCAUUCGCCGGAAGUUUCGUCUACAUAAUCUUUGGUACUUGCCCCGAAGUGAAUAUUGGACCAACAGCCCUUAUUUCCUUAUUAACUUUUACGUACGCGAGAGGUAUUCCUGAAUAUGCUGGUCUUCUGUGUUUCCUCUCCGGUUGUGUGACGAUAAUCUUUGGAGUACUGCGUUUAGGUUUCCUGGUGGAAUUUGUAUCAACGCCAGUUGUUUCCGGAUUUACAUCGGCUGCCAGUUUAAUAAUUGCCUGCAGUCAAAUUAAAGGUUUGCUCGGCUUGAAAAUUCACGGCGAAAGUUUCAUUGAAAUUUGGAAAGAAGUUUUUAAUAAGAUUGAUCAAACUCAGAUGGGCGAUUUAAUUCUUUCCUGUGGCUGUAUUGUGGUUCUUCUGACUCUGAGGUCAAUCAAAGACAUAAAGUCCUCAAAUAUUUUUGUGAGCAGAUUUAUUUGGUUUAUUGGAACUGGAAGAAAUGCGAUUGUCGUAAUUUUAUGCGCGACAAUUUCCUACAUUUUUGAAAGUCGAUCCAAGGCGCCGUUUAUUCUUACCGGGCAUAUCGACGCCGGAUUACCGAAUAUAGAACCACCGAAAUUUUCCUAUCACAAUGGAAAUCAAAAUUUGGACUUUUUAGGAAUAUGCAAAGCAUUUGGAUUUGGAAUUAUUGUCGUUCCAUUGAUUUCGAUAAUAGGAAAUGUUGCGAUAGCUAAAGCGUUCUCUCGAGGCAAGUCUUUAGAUGCAACACAAGAAAUGUUAACCUUGGGGCUUUGCAAUCUGGUUGGAUCCUUUUUUCAGUCAAUACCUGUAACCGGCUCUUUUUCUCGAAGUGCUGUCAGCAAUGCUUCCGGGGUAAGAACUCCUUUCGGUGGAUUAUACACAGGUAUUUUAGUUAUUUUGGCAUUGAGUUUACUAACUCCGUAUUUUUACUAUAUUCCAAGAGCAACUUUGAGCUCUGUUAUUAUUUGUGCUGUUAUUUUUAUGGUUGAGAUAGAAAUGUUGAAGUCCAUUUGGAGAAGCAGCAAAAGAGAUGUAAUUCCAGCUUUAGUGACAUUUUUAUCUUGUCUUUUCGCUGGAGUUGAAUUGGGAAUUAUGAUUGGAGUUAUAAUCGAUAUUGCAAUCCUUAUUUAUUUUAAUGCAAGGCCAACAAUGUACAUUGAAUACAGAAAUAGCUCUCCGUGUUCUUAUAUUUUGGUAAGACCGAGUGCAGGUCUUAUGUUCCCCGCAGUGGAUUAUUUAAGAACAUAUUUAACAGAAUGUUUAAAAGAAGAUAAACAAAAUACAAGGAAAAAUAAAGUUAACAUUGUACUCGAUUGUUCGCAUAUCGAUAGAAUAGAUUUUACAGCAAUACAGGGAAUUAAUUCUGUCGUAAAAGAUUUAAAAGGCGUUGGAGGUCGACUAAUUUUGUUGACGCCAACAAAUGAGAUUUCAAAAAGUAUUCAGUCUCAUGUUACGGAAUCAAUUUUAAUUGCUUGUACAGAUGUCGAGCUAAGUACAGUAUUAAAACAAAUUGGUGAUGAAACUUCUCACAAUAUUUCCAAUAGUGGGAAGUUUAUAAAAAAUGUUAAUGGCAAAACAAUCAUUAGAAUUAAUUCAAAUGACGCCAAUACAAAUGUAUAAAGUAUUAAAUUAGUUAAUUAACUGUAUACGGCAAUUUUUAUACAAUUAAUUAAUUUUUGUAAAUAUUAUUAUGAAAAGAGUUCCUAUUUAGUUUAGUUAAUUGUAUUAAUAAUAUUGUUGAACAUUUUUUUAAAUAUAUUCUUUA